AUGCCGAACGUCAAACCCAUUCUUCCUCCUCUCAAGACGCCAAAGAGCGCGGUUUACCCAUCGCAACUUCACAAUGGCUCUACAUCCAGUGUUUCCGACUACAUCAAGCAGGAGGAUCAAUCGACUCCUAUCACACCUCCAGCAGCAUACACGGAUUUCCUCAAGGCUCUCACACCCGUCUUCACCGGCCCUAUGAGUGCUAGUCUCGGUUUUCCCAAGUACAUUGGUGACAACCCCUCCACUGCUACAUCGCCCACCUCUCAACCCGCGAGCGCAAUCAGUGAGUCUACAUUUAGCGAUUCGGUCAGAUCGCCGACUAUAUCUCUGCCACCACCGACCCCAAACUCAGCGGCACCAUCCAGAAAGAAUUUCCAUGGUCGCCGACUUCGUAUCCAGUCGUCGCUGAAGUUCUCGCCGAACGCGGACUCACCCCGGAGCGCAAUACCCCGGAGCGCAACACCCCGGAGUGCAACGACUCUUCGGUCGCCAUUCUCGCCGUCAGACUGGACGCUACGCUAUUAUGAUUCGCCCCGCAGUGCGAAGCCUGUCAGCGUGAAGCAGGUUGUCACGCGCACGGUGACCUACAAGCGCACUCAGCUUGAAGCACCGCCAAAGGGAAAGCGGCGCAAGUGUCGCGAAGCCAAGGAAGUCGACUGA